CCUAGUCAGACUCCAGCCUCUGGGCCCUGCACUUCGGCCCGGCCUUCCUGGGGACGGAGAAACCCCCCAAGCCCUGUCCAGUGCCCCAGGACCCAGCCCAUGAGGCUCCCAGUCCCCUCUGAGUGCCGCCCUGAAGGAUGUCCCAGCUCUCCUCCACCCUGAAGCGCUACACAGACUCCACCCGCUACACAGACGCCCCUUACGCCAAAUCGGGCUAUGGCACCUACUCCUCCGCCUCCUAUGGGGCCAACCUGGCUACCUCCUUCCUGGAGAAGGAGAAGCUCGGUUUCAAGCCAGGGCCCCCCUCCAGCUUCCUCACCCGGCCCCGUACCUACGGCUCCCCCUCCAUCCUGGACUAUGACCGCAGUCGCCCCCUGCUGAGACCUGACAUUGGGGGUAGUAAGCGGUCCGAGAGCCAGACCCGGGGUGCUAACUGGACUUCAGGGAGUGGACUCAGCGGCGGCAGCCGAUUACCUUAUGGUGUCACCAGCAACUCCCUCGGCUACCUGCCCAUGAAUGCCCGCGAGCAGGGGGUAACGCUGACCCAGAAGAAGUCCAACAGCCACUCAGACCUAGUCCGGGAUUUCUCCAGUCUCCGGACCUCGGACAGCUACUGCAUAGACCCAGGCAACUUGGGCCGGAGCCCCAUGCUGGCCCGCACACGCAAGGAGCUGUGUGCCCUGCAGGGCCUGUACCAAGCGGCUAGCCGAUCUGAGUACCUGGCCGACUACCUGGAGAACUAUGGUCGCAAGGGCAGUGCACCCCAGGUGCCCACCCAGCCCCCUCCCUCCCGAGUCCCUGAAGUCCUCAGCCCCACCUACCGACCCAGUGGCCGCUAUACUCUGUGGGAGAAGGGCAAGAGCCCUGGGCCCAGCCGCUCCAGCUCCCCAGGGCGAGACACCAUGAAUUCUAAGAGCGCCCAGGGUCUGGCUGGUCUUCGAAACCUUGGAAACACGUGCUUCAUGAACUCGAUUCUGCAGUGCCUGAGCAACACCCGGGAGCUGCGAGAUUACUGCCUCCAGAGGCUCUACCUGCGGGACCUCAGCCACAGCAGCAAUGCCCACACAGCCCUCAUGGAAGAGUUUGCGAAACUAAUCCAGACCAUAUGGACGUCAUCCCCCAAUGACGUGGUGAGCCCGUCUGAGUUCAAGACCCAGAUCCAGAGAUACGCCCCACGCUUUGUUGGCUAUAAUCAGCAGGACGCCCAAGAGUUCCUUCGCUUCCUGCUGGACGGGCUCCACAACGAGGUGAACCGGGUGACCGUGCGGCCGAGGGCCACCCCCGAGAACUUUGACCAUCUUCCUGAUGACGAGAAAGGGAGACAGAUGUGGAGGAAGUACCUCGAGCGGGAGGACAGUCGGAUUGGGGACCUCUUCGUGGGGCAGCUGAAGAGCUCCCUGACGUGCACCGACUGUGGCUACUGCUCAACGGUCUUUGACCCCUUCUGGGACCUCUCGCUGCCCAUCACUAAGCGAGGUUACCCUGAGGUGACACUAAUGGACUGUAUGAGGCUCUUCACCAAAGAAGACGUGCUCGAUGGAGAAGAAAAGCCAACGUGCUGCCGCUGCCGGGCCAGAAAGCGAUGCAUAAAGAAGUUCUCCAUCCAGAGGUUCCCCAAGGUCUUGGUGCUCCACCUGAAGCGGUUCUCUGAGUCCAGGGUGCGCACCAGCAAGCUCACGACCUUUGUGAAUUUCCCUCUGAGGGACCUGGACUUGCGAGAAUUUGCCUCGGAAAACACCAACCAUGCUGUUUACAACCUGUAUGCUGUGUCCAACCACUCUGGAACCACCAUGGGGGGCCACUACACAGCCUACUGCCGGAGCCCCGUGACCGGUGAAUGGCACACUUUCAAUGACUCCAGCGUCACGCCCAUGUCCUCCAGCCAAGUGCGCGGCAGUGACGCCUACCUGCUCUUCUAUGAACUGGCCAGUCCACCCUCCCGAAUGUAGCAGCCAGGAGCCACGGCCUGUCCUCCCCGCCCUGUGG